AUGAAAGGGUUUUGUGUGCCCGCUUACAAUCAGAUUAGAAAACACGUGUUUGUGAAUACUCAGAAGAGCUGGUCUGAAGCUCAGACGUACUGUAGAGAGAAGCACACAGACCUGGCCACUGUGCACAGCCAGGAAGAUACACAGCAGCUCUUAAAUAUUGCAGGAGCUUCUCUCAUUACUGAUUCCUGGAUCGGGCUGUAUCGUGAUGACACACAGAACUGGCAGUGGUCUAACGGCUAUGAUGUCAUCUACAAAAGCUGGACGGAAGACCUCUUCUGUGCUUCAAUCAAUUCAGUGGGACUGUGGGAGGACAGAGUCUGCUUUGAGACGAAAGCUUUCAUGUGCUACCAAGAGACCAGCAUCAUCACUGAGAGAUACACCCUGAUUGAAGUUCUGAAAACCUGGACUGAAGCUCAGCAGUACUGCAGAGAACACCACACCGACCUCGUCAGUAUAAAGAAUGCCAGUGAAAAUGCAGACCUAGUGAAGAAAGCGCAGGGCAAGACCUUCUGGAUAGGCCUGUUCAAUGAGCCCUGGAAGUGGUCACACCAGGGGGAUAGCUACACAUUUCACAACUGGAACACUGUGCAACCAAACAAUGCGGGAGGCAAUGAGAACUGUGUGAGGAUGUUCAAGAAUGGCACAUGGGGUGACAUUGGCUGCAAUGUUCUGUAUCCUUUCUUCUGCUAUGAUGGUAAGGAUCCCGGCUCAGUCUGUUCUUGUUCAGCUCAGUGUUUGUACCCCAGUCUGUGAGCAGGGACUCAGAGGCCCAGUCCAUCUGAUCCUACAGUAGCUGUCUGACCCCUAGAGCAGGGCAGGGUGUAGCCCAGAGAUAUGAAGAACCAGAAACCAGCCCCAUCAUUAAGAGUGUGUGAGCAGGGAACAGCUACCCCUCAUUUGUUACACACAGGAGAGGCAUGUGCUGUAAAAUACAUUCUGAUUGGGUAUUUAUUGUAUUGAUUCAAAAACAUUGAUCCCUUCAGGAUGAGUGAGACAGCAUGUCAUUGUGAGCAUU